AUGUAAAAAAUAAAAAAUAAUCUUAGCAAACAAUUAAACGAUGAAAGCGUUUGCUUUGAUUAAUCAUACUCCUUCAUAUUGUUUGUUCGGAUGCUUUAAUUUCUAUAAUAUCUCGCAAUCACCUUACAAGAAAUCAAUAACAAUAAUCAAAAGAAGGAUGGUCACUUUUCAAUUUUUUUUCAAAUUCUUAAGUUAUCGAUUUUAGAUAUCGACUUGUUGCCUGAUUACAUUGGAUAUAUUACUACUUUCUUUAACUUCAUAGUAUUUCUGUUAUUCAUGCUGUAAAUAGUUUAUUUGAAAAGAACAUUUAGAAAUUUGAUGAAGAUUUUAAAUGGGUAUUUAGCACUUUUACCUUAAAUUAUGUGUUUUAUAUUUGUUUCAUCCACUUUUCGUUCCUUUCUAUUGAACUCAAAAACACAUACUGUAAUUUACAUUUGGGCUAUCUUCGAUGUGAGUUUAAUAUUUUCCCUAUCUUUGAUGUCCUGUAUUUUGUUUAGAAAUAUUAACUUCAAUUAAUCAACCUAUACCAGAGAUUAAAGUAUAAUGAAGAUUGUGUCACAAAUAUUUUAAUUUGCAACUCAAAUUCUUUACUUUUAUCAUGAUUAGGAAGAAAUACUAAUAUUAAAACAGCUCUCAGCCUUAAUGUGGAUAGGUUUAGAAUAGAUUGAUAUUUAUUUAUACAUGCCUUACAGUUUUUAUGAUAGUAAAUUGAUUUUUACAUUAAAUUAAAUUAAAUUUGGAUGCAAUUUGAUUAAUUUGAUUUUGAAUAAUUUAUCACUCAUAAUAGAAACGACAUAUUCCCAAUAUAUUUAUUACUUCAUAUUUUCAUCCAUAUGUUUCUAUUUGGGAGAAACUUGCUAUUAAAGAUUGUUUUAUGCUAAGGGAUUGGAUACAUUUACUAAAUCUAGUGAAAAGGAUCAACAUUUGUAGAUAAAAGUACUGAGGCAAUUUUAAGUUUAGGCUGAGUCAUAACUAACACAGACUGAAUAGCUUCUUUAGAUUGGAAUGGUUAAUUAGCAUAUUAUCCAUUGUGGUCGGAAAUGUUAAUCAUUGGAUAGCUCAGACGUCAUUCGAUGUAUUGUAAACUAUCAAGUAUAAACCAAGGAAGAUGAGCACUUAUUUUUAUUUAAAGUACGAUAUCUAGGAUUCCAAAAUAAACAAUAUUCACAAAGUUUAGCAAGACUUAAACACUAUUAAAUUAAAUACAAACCAGAAUUGUCAUGGUAUUUUAAUUUAAUAUAAAUUGACAUCUCUAAUAAAUUAAGAUAGGAAAUAAUGAAAUAAUAAUAAUCCUAAAAAGUUUUCACACAAGAUACUUAAAGUGCCAAUUUAACAUCUGAAAAUUUAGUUCAUUUGGAUAUUUAAUCAGAUAAAUUGAUUCUGAAUCUACGAAAGACUUUAUCUGCUAAAUUAGAUAUUUGGAGAAAAUAGCUUAAAGGCUUUAAGACAAUAAGAUAACUUCAAUUAGAACUUAUUAAAUUAGCUGAUGAAUUAGAAAAAUUAAGAAGAAAAUUUAAACUUAUUAUAAAUAGAGAUGUUUAUGAAGUAAAUAUUUCCUAAGUUAAUAACUUAUAUCACUUGAGAAUGUUGUCAUUAUAUUAUUCAAUCAUUAUGAAUGAUUAGCUUCAUUCAUUUUUAUGUGAAAAAUAAUAUUAUCUAAUCUAUUGUUAUGAAUAAACUCUUUAAUAAGACUAAUUAAAUUCAAUUGCUCUUGUACAUGAUAAAGUAGCUAUUGUUACAGUAAGUUUAGUGAAAAGUCUAGGAACCAUUUUGAAUUCGAAUAAGUAGUAAUUGGGUUAGAUAUUCAAUUACAAAAAAGUGGAGGAAUUUCAAAAUAUAUUUCAUUUAAAUUAACUUAUGCCUGAUUUUAUAGCCUCCAAACAUAAUUAAAUGCUCUCAAACUUUUUAAUUAAAGGUGAUUCUCCUUUCUUUCAAGAAUUCAGAAUGAUUUUUGGAAAGUCAUAAGAAAAUUUUAUCUUCCCUUUACAAUUAAAACUUGCAAAUGAUUUCAGCUAUGAAGAUGAUUAUGUAAUUAAAGGAAUUUUCUUUUCAGGAGGAAAAAGAUAUGAUUAUAUUUUAUUUGAUCAAAAUGGAAGAGUAUUAGGGAUAACCAAGUAAAUUUACUAUGAUUUAUUUACAGACCGUGAAGAAUCAUAAAUGGAUUUAAAAUCUUUAUAUGGUUUCUGUUAUUUGUAUUACUUUAUUCCAGAUUUAUUUGAAAUUGCUAAGAAAUGCUAUCAAAGACAGAAAGAUUAAUCAGAAAAUGUUAAUUUAUAAGAGGAUGCUAUAUUUAUAACCUAAACAGAUAUAAAGGAAUUUCAUGAAAAUUUUUAACAGCAGUUGAAAUAUCAUCUUAGAGAUUUGUAUUCUAUUUGGAAUCUCAAAAAAAAAUAGUCUUUUUCAAAUCGAUAAAGUACAUCAUCAAAUACUAAAGAGAUGAAUUAAUCAAUAGAUAUUAACUUAUUAAAUGAGGAGUAUGCUAAAUUUGCAUCUGAAUUUGUCAAUCAAAAUAUCACAUAAUAAAAAACAAGUUUUUUAAGAUUUACCUUAUAUUAUUAAAAAGGCAAUACAGAUGGAUUUUUCAUUAUGUAAAUAUCUGAUUAUAGAAAACAUGAUUUAGGCGAAAUAGCAACGGAAUUGUUUGCUUUAUAAGAUGUGGAUUCAACUAUGAAGAAAUCGACUUUGAGACACCUCAAAGAUUUCAUUGUAUCCAAAAGAAGAUAUGGGGAUUAACGAGCUCUAUAAAGUGUUUUCACUAAGAGGAAGAUGUAUUCAAAAUAACUGGUUUCUAUGAAUUAAUCUGAGAUCCUAAUGACUUAAUAAUUAUCAUCCACAAAUUUUACUCCCAAGGCAUGCUUUAUUAAACCAGAGAUUGCGCUGAAUUCUGAGAUGGAAUCAGUUUAGGAAGUCAGAAAUUCGAGUUCUGAAGAAUCUCAGUUUCUGGAUGAAUUUAUGUCUGAAGAGGACUCAAAAAAAUAAAAUUAAAGGCGUGAGAAAAAGAUUAAAUCUUUCAGCAAAACUAAUAAUUUCUCAGAUCCUGAGUAAAACCCCAAUAAAUCUCAAAAUUCAAGUAGUCUUUCUAAAGUAUCUAAUAAUUAAUCCUAUUUCUUUCAAAUUGUAUUUAAGCAAAAAUCUUAACUUCCAAAAAAUAUCCUAAUUCUAUGGUGUAUAGUCUAUUGUAUAAAUUUGAUAAGUAUAGGAGGAUUUGGAUUUACAAACUAUCAUCUAAUUACCAAUUAUCGUGAAUCUCAAUUAUAAGCUUAACAAUUUAUGGGACCAUUAAGAUUUAAUCGAUAUUUUUGUAAGACAUUAUCAUUGAGUUGGAUAUUCAUAUUAAAUGAUUACGAUAUCCUCAAUAAUAGUUAAUACUCAAUAUCGUAAAGCUUAUACCAAACUUCACUUUUGAAUCAGUUUGUUUUUGCCAAUUUAACUUAGUUAUAUCCAAUAUUCAUUCAAAUGGAGUCUGACGGAUCUUUAUCGAAUAUAAAUUUAAAAUACUCAGCUGAUAAUUUCGAGGAAGUGGAAUUCACCAGAUUACUUUAUUUUAUGGAAGAAGUCGUUCAUUAUUUAGUGUAGAUAAAUACAUAUGAUUACAGCAAUUAUAAGGAGUACAUUAAUAGAUAAUAUAUUGAUAAAAUGUUUUUGAUAGAAUAAAAUCUACCAGAGAUUAUCGAUAUUGACUCUAAUCUUCUUAGUUAAUUAAAAGAGAAUUCAACAUCCCUCUAGUAAUUUGAAAGUACAAUCUUUGUUAUUGAACAUCUGAUUCACACUGCAAUUAUCUUUCUUGUAAUGUUGGUGCAAUUGAUUUAAUGGAAUAAUAUUGAAUAAUAAAAUAGAAAUUUAGCAUUGCUUGUGGGAAGAAUUAAAGAUAGUGAAAUAGAAACUGAAAUUUUAAGAGCUCAUACAGUUUAUAUUGCACUUAGCGUAUAGGGUGGAGAGGAUUCUUGGAAGCGUUUUAACUAUUAUAACUUUGGAUUUCAACAGGAUGUCACUUACUAUUAACCAAAAGAAAAAAUCACUAUUAGUUAGAAGCUAUAAUUAAUGUAAACUAACUAAAAAAAUACAAGAAACUUUUAGACAAAAAUAAAUCUGUUUUCUCAUCUUUUGAAAAUAUUGGUAUUUGUUUCAAUAUACUAAAUUUAUUUAUGGGGAGGCUAUGCAAUAUUUAAUGAUUAAUAAAAUAGACUUUUGCCAUUGAGUAAUCUUUUAAAUGAUUUUGCGUUGUUUAGUUCAAAAUUGGACAAUUUGGCUAGUGCUGCUUUGAUUAUUAAAACUAAACCAAUGUUAUUUGAAAAGUUAAAGUCUUUAAAUAUUUAUUAAGAAACUGAAUUGAUAGAUGAAGGAGUGAUUUUACAGCUGUUUGAUGAAUUUUAUGCUGAUAUUAAUUUGUCAUUUGUUAAGUUGUAUGAAAAUAUUAUAAAAGAUCUAUCGUUAGAAUAUUCCCAAGAGGAAAUUCAAGGAUUAUUGAGUUCUGAUAUCUGCAUAUAUUUAAGUGAUUAUUUUCCAUUUUGCUAAUUAAAAGCAACAUAAAACACUGCUGAGUUUAUUUAAAAGUAUGGUAAUUAUGUAGAUCAGGAUGAUAAUUCUGAAUAUUUUGCUCACGGCAUACUUACUUUAGUAACAACCAUUUAAUAGUUUUAUUAAUAGAAUUUUGCCAAUGAAAUAUCAAAUGGAUAAUAUGUAAACAAUACAUAAGAGAUACAUUAAUUGAUCAAUAGUUCUGAGUUUAAUGCAAUAGUCUUGUCUCACUUUAGAGACACUUAUUAUUGCUUUAUACGAUUUUUAGAAAUAGUUGACGGUAACAUUGCUCUGAUUAAGGAAAAGCAUCUUGAUGUGUUGCUCUUAUAUUAUGACAUAAUAAUAGUGGUUUAUUUGAUAUUUUUUCACAUAUUUUACUCAAUUUGGAUAAAUCAGAAUGUCAAAGAAAUGAGAAACAUCAAGCUUGCCUUAAUUGCGAUCCCACAUUUUUAAUUGACAAGUGAUCCUGUAAUUAACAUUUUGAAAAGAUAUCAAUGA